AUGACCUUCAAAGAGAAGGCACCGACUCCUAUGCCGGAGGAAGGAAGGACCUCUCAUCACACCUACACCCCCGAGGAGACGGACCUUAUUGUCCGAGUUUGGACAGAGGAGACCAACGACGCCAUCCGGGGUGUCGACCAGAAGGGAGAGGCCUAUUGGCAACGGAUUCUUGAUCGGAUGAACCCCCUCAUCGGCGCCAACCUCAAACACCGCCAAAUAAAGGGACACUGGGCUCGAGUAAAUGCGGAGGUGAAGUUAUGGGAAAAUAUCUGGGUGGAGACGUGCGCCAAGUGGCCUUUCGGCCAUUCUGCCGACAUGCUCCAACAGAAGGCUCAAACUAUCUUCGCCGCUAGGAGCACUUCCGGCCCCUUCACCUACUGGAAUGCAUGGAAGAUGCUCCAAACCAACCGGAGGUUCAAGUCUAUGUACAUCGAGGGAGACGUGCAUGCCUCCAAGAGGACAAAGACGUCGGAGAUGGGCGACUUCACCACCUCGGGGUCGGGCGAGGAAAUCACAUCUUCCCGACCGAUUGGAAAUAAAGCGGCGAGGGCAGUUAAGGGGAAAGGGAAGUCGUCGGCAUUGCAAGCCUCGGAGGCUCCACCCGAAACUAAGGAGAUGUUUGAGAAGUUCGAUAACAAGAUCACCCGAAUCAUGGAGAUGUACGACCAAAAGAAUGCCCUUAAGAGGGAGAUCCAUGACGAUCGGGUCAUAUUCAUGAAAACUUCCGACAUGACUCCAGAGCAGCUAGAAUGGCAUAAGGAAUGGGUGACGGAGAUUCUAGCUCGACGAAAGGGCGGUAGAGACUAG